CUCCACAACUUUGGUCCAAAAAUCUCAACAUCUCUAUCCUUCCCUCUCUUCUUACUCCCAUCAUAUUCUGAAACUACUGCUUUAUAGUUUUAGUAAAAAUGGCGGAUAGUGGUGCUGCUCACUCUAAGAGGAUGUGGUGUUCGAUCCCCGAAAAGUUCCAGCUGCAUGCAGCUAUGCUGGCGUUGCAGUUUGGGUAUGCCGGUUUUCAUGUGGUCUCUAGAGCUGCCCUUAACAUGGGAGUAAGCAAGCUUGUCUUCCCUGUGUAUAGGAAUGUCAUCGCUUUGCUUCUCCUCCUUCCUUUCGCCUAUUUUCUCGAAAAGAAGGAGAGGCCUGCCAUUACUUUUUCAUUCUUAGUUCAGUUCUUCCUUCUGGCACUAGUUGGAAUAACAGCAAACCAAGGAUUCUAUUUGCUGGGUUUGGACAAUACAUCGCCCACUUUCGCCUCGGCUGUUCAGAAUUCUGUCCCUGCUCUCACCUUCCUCAUGGCUGCACUUCUCAGGAUAGAGAAGGUGAGACUAGACAGAAAGGAUGGUAUAGCGAAGGUGCUAGGAACAGCAUGCUGUGUAGCAGGGGCCACAAUUAUUACAUUAUACCAAGGUCCAGUGAUAUACUCCCCCAACAAAGAACUCCACGAUACGACGCCGGUGCUUCUCUCAUUAGGAGAUGCCAAUGGCAAGAGUUGGACCUUGGGAUGCAUCUUCCUAAUUGGACAUUGCCUGUCAUGGUCUGGUUGGCUAGUCUUGCAGGCACCUGUUCUGAAGAAGUACCCAGCACGGCUCUCUGUCACCUCCUACACUUGCUUCUUUGGGUUGAUACAAUUUAUGGUUAUUGCUGCCAUCUUUGAGAGGGACUUUGAAGCUUGGAAGUUCCAUUCGGGUAGUGAACUCUUCACUAUCAUGUAUGCGGGAGUGGUAGCAUCAGGGAUCGCUUUCGCUGUACAAAUAUGGUGUAUUGAUAGGGGAGGCCCAGUAUUUGUAGCAGUUUAUCAACCUGUUCAAACUUUGGUUGUCGCUAUUAUGGCUUCCAUUGCUUUGGGAGAGCAAUUCUACUUGGGAGGGAUCCUAGGGGCAAUAUUGAUCAUAGCGGGACUCUACCAAGUUUUGUGGGGUAAGAGUGAGGAGGCAAAGUUUGCCAAGGCUGCAAUCCAGUCUCCAGCAGAGCAUGGAAACAACAGGACAUCAAGCCAAGCAAAGUCCCUUACUCAACCCCUUCUCCCCCCAUCAGACAACGUCUAGUGACCACAACAAAAUGAACCUUGAAUUGGUGGCUCGGGUUGGAAAACAAGCAAACUACUACUACUGCGUCAAAAGAGUUUGUUUUUUUGGUGUGUGUAUCAAGUUUUCAUUCAAUUAGUGUCCUCUCACUAGGAGAUGGGCUAAAGCCUAAAGGGAGUAAAAAAGGAAUAGGUAUUAGGGAAGAAUGUGAUGAUUUUUACUAUCUCUAAAGGUGUGUAUCAAGGGGAGCUUAAACCCCCACACCCCCACCAACUCCACGCUUUACAUCGUAAUUAAUGGUUUGAUUUACAAAGAAAGAAAAUGCACUUUCAAGAAAAAUUUUGUGGCGUGCCAGAUGUAUGGACCCAUGUCCAUUUCCUGUCUUAAACACUAUUCAGAAAUGGAAAUGCAUAUUCAACUUUUUUGCGCUUUUA